AUGGGAAGGAGCGAUAAUUAUUUUAGACUCUCUGGUGAUAUACAAACAAAGGAGCACAAGCACUAUAAAACCAAAAGGAAUAAGGGAGAAGACGAAAAAGCAGAAUUAUUUUGUUUUAUAUGUUUAGAGGAAAAUUUAGAAAACUCCUAUUUAAUAUCAUGCUGUUCCGUAUGCACAGCUUGUGUGCAUAAGAGGUGCUGGUACAGCUGGAGGAAAACUCAAAAGUUAAGUUCCUUACGGUCGAAGAUUUUGGGAUUGAACAAGUUGGACCCAUUAUUAUGUACCAUUUGCAAAACGGGGACAGCGAAAAUAGAAGAUGAGAAGGACUUUAAGUGGGUCGCUAGCGAUAAUAUCAAUAAGGAGUACUUGCAGGAUGAGUUGUUAAGGACCAUUGCAUCCAUUUUGAAUAACGAAGGGAAUGAUAACAAUAUCCCUAUUCUUCAUUUCAGAUAUAUUUUUUCCAUUAAUUUAAUUUUUUUGAUCAUAACAUUUGUUGUGAUUAUAAUUUUUACAGUUGUUUUUCACUUUACUGCUACGUAUGUUUUGCUAAUUGCUCUCUUCGUACUCUACGAGAUUAUCGUUCUUCAAAUUGUUUUGUAUCUAUAUGUAAGAAUUAGAUCUAGCUAA